AUGUCUUCGCCCGCAAAGAAGUCGAAGGUCGUUUGGAUCGGAGAAAGCUACCGUCGAGACAUGGACGAAGCUAAGGAACGUCUUGCGCGUAUAAUGGAGCAGCUGCGCGUGCGAGAAGCCUCCAUCUGCUGCAGUAACAAUGGGACCAAAAAAAGGAGUACGCCUCUUCCACCUUGUGGGCUCAAUGCUCCUGAAAAAUAUGGGGAUUUCGCCUACGAGUUUGGGUCGCACAACUUCACGUUUUUGCAACGGAUCUACGCUAUUAGUAAUGGCAGAUGCGGGUGCAUCGGCGUGGAUGGUGAUCCGAGCAUGUGUCCGCACGUGCUCUGUUCGUUCCGUGACUUUUGGUUGUACAAACGUCAUUACUUCAAGCGUUGUCCGCCCGGUGUUUGUGUUUUUGCUGGGAAUUGUUGCUCGUUUUCGCAGCAGUCAGAGGCACACCAUGGUCGCUCGAUAGACCUUGUGAAUGGUGCUCCUCUUACGGAGGAGCAAGCGCGAAAGAUUGAGUUUGGCAACGAGACGUUGAUGUGGAUAAGUUUGCUGAUGAUCGCCGCAUGGCAGGUGAACCCGCUUUGCAAGGUGAUCAUGGAAAUACCUGCGGGCUAUGGCCCAAAGCAGCCCAUUUGCAAGGAUGUGUUUCAUUCUAUUUUUGGGCUUAAGAAAACUGCCCUCUGCAAAUGCAUGCUUUUUGGGACGCCUUAUCGGAAGGAGAUAGUCAUAUACAACAACUUGAAAAGCUGGCAUGUAAAUGACCUGCCUUAUGAGGAGCGCAUUUGCACGGCUUCUCAUAGAUGUCACCACUUUCCGCAUAGAGAGACGUGCUGCGGUGUAGUGGCUCGCGAGAGUGCUGAUUUUGGACUCGCGAUGGCAGGUUCGCUCGCACGAGCGGCAUACAAGGACCUGCUCCUUAUAGACGAUUCUCGGGGUAGUAUGCAACUAGCGUAG